AUGAGUGCUCCACCACCUCCACCGCCUCAUGGGCACAACCCCAAAUCAUCAGGAUUGCCAGACGGAAAAUACGACAUUUUCAUAAUACCUCCACACUCCUCAGGGUCCGGAUUUCUAUACCUACCAUCUCUACAACCCAAUGUGAACAGCUUUGCUGCCGGCUUUGCUUCUGCUCUGUUUCUGGUGGUUGUGGGCCAGGCAUUGGCACCGGCUGUUCAACAAUGGUGGACUAGUAUAAAAGGAUCGGGGGGCAUGGGAAUGAUUCUACUCAUGAUGGCCAUUGGAGUUGGGGCAUGGGCUCUGGGAAGGACACAGAGUGACGGGGGCCCGGGACCAGGUAGUGGCCCGGGUGGAGGGAAUCCACCACCAGACCCAGGGGCUCAUUCAUACACAAACGCAAAUGCCCAUUCGAAUGGUUAUGCCAGCGGACCACCUCCUGCAUCAGGGCCACCACCCGCAUCAGGGCCGCCACCUACAUCUGGGCCACCACCUGGAGCAGGUGCCGGUGGGCCUAAACCUUCGUCGUGGCAGCGCACAAACCCACCACCUGGUGCAACGGGCGCCAAUGCAAAACCAAGUCCGGCCAGUGGUGCGGCUAAGGGAGCGUGGGAGAAGGCGAGAGAAGAAACAAAACGAAAGGAAGAGGAGCGGAAAGUCAAGGAAGCUGCACAAAAAAGGAAAGAGGAGCUAGAAAAGCGAUUGAAAGAAGCACGGGAGAAAGAGGCUCGCGAACGAGAAGCACGGGAGAAGGAGGCCCGCGAACGAGAAGCUCGAGAGAAGCAACAAAAAGAGGACGAGGCGAAGGCUAAGGCGAAGCAAAAAGAGGACGAGGAAAAGGCCAAAGCGAAGCUUGAAGCUGAGGAGAAGGAGAAGCAAAGGGCAAAAGAGAAACUUGAAGCAUGGGAGAGGGAGAAGCAAAGAGUAAAAGCGAAGCUUCAAGAGAGGCUUAAAGAGAAGGCUCAAGCAGAGGAGAAGGAGAAGCAAAGAGCAAAGGAGAAGAAGGAAGAGGAAGCAAAACCCAAGUCAAGUAGCUAUGCUUUUUCUGCUACCGGAGAACGGACGAAUCCUUGGCCAAAAGGACGACCUCCAUCUCCGGUAACUCAACGCUCACAGCCAUCCUCACCUACCAAGCGGCCACCUGCCCCUACCGCAAAGACUUAUCUAGGUACCGACGAAGAUGGAUAUUCUUUCCGACCAUACGACAGACCAAACAAGCCAAUGCACAAAAAGGCACCCUCUUCAAUAUACUCCGAGUCAUCUUACGUAUCGCAAUCAACCUCCCGAACGACGCCGCCGCCUUCGCAUCGAGGCCCGUAUAGCACCAAGGAUCCCGACAAGAUUGUCAUCAAAGCCGUAUACGCUUUCAACAACGCGUUUCUCAAGACUCCGACUUCGCAAUUAGUAUCAGGUGUUGGAUCAGUAACAGAUGGUCUGGUUCUCCGAAUCACGACUGAGGGUCUUUUCAUCGAUGAUGAUGUCCGUGGCGUCCCACAACGAGAGUGGGACGUCAAAGCAUGGACAAUGAAACUCGUAGAGGUAUGGUGUCCAUCUUUCCGCCAGGGUCCCGCUGGUAAUUCGAAUUUUGCGUCUGCUCGCGUUGCUUCUCACUCUGCGCCUAACACCAACAAAACGUUUCGUCGUCUCUGGGGCUUGGACAAGGACAAAGCCGCUACUUCAGAAGAGACCGAUGCACUGUUGAUCGAUAUGUUGCAACUUUGCAGGGAUAAUUGUCGUUUGCGUGCUACUUCGCGUUCUUCUGCUGCGUCGUCGUCUGCUUAUUCUAGUACUGCGAGUUCGAAUUCCUAUGAUGAUCGCUCUUCCGUGUCCGAUUCUGCUUAUGGUUCAUCUGUUGGCUCGUCGUCGCCUUCUAGUGGCAAGAGAACUGACAAAGGCUUGGCCUUCCAGACAGGAGAAUUGAAGAGCGCGCGGCUUCACGUGCUGAGAGCUAGUAUUCGGGAUCAAGAAGGGAAGAAAUACGUCUUUAUUAUUACGGAGGAGGAGAGUUGGAAGGUGGCCGUGGGCCUGCAGAAGUUGAGGAAGGGGUCGCAGGUCAGGGCUUUGGGCGUCAGUGGUAUGAGUCCUAAUGAUGCCAAAGGGACUUUGGAGCAUCUUGGAUGGGUAUGA